AUGUGGAGCGAGAUGGUCGACGACAGCCCCAUGCUGCUAAUGGACGGCGAAGGCAUCCCCUUCACAACGGACGAGAUUGUGCACAGCCUGCCCGAGAUAAACCUGGACGAGUUGUUUAUUUCUUGCGGUUCAGUAAACGCCAUGGCGGACGUAGGGGGAUACAUGCCGCCGCAGGAGCCAGUAACUUACAUGUGCGGGGAAUGCGGUGCUGAUAACACGUUGAAGCCCGGAGACGUGAUCCAAUGUCGAGAGUGCGGUUAUAGAAUUCUUUACAAGAAAAGAACGCGGCGCAUUGUGCAAUUUGAGGCUCGGUGA